AGGCAAACCCUAUUGGAGAAAUCCAAUAAAUCAUUUUUCCAGCCCAGGCCAGAAGUGAGAUACAGAGAGAUCUACUCUAAGGGUCUAGACAGGGACAGUUUUGGGGAGCAUUCCAAUUCAGGGAGAAGCUGUGCAUCAUGGUAAGAAAAGGUCCUGGGCAAGAUCACAGAGGCAGCCGCGGGACUAGGAAGUGCAAAGGAUGGAGGGACUACCACCACCAUGAGUCUCUUAAACAAGCCCAAGAGCAAGAUGACCCCUGAGGAACUACAGAAGCGGGAAGAGGAGGAAUUCAAUACCAGGCCCCUGUCGGUGCUCACACAGUCAGUGAAGAACAACACUCAGGUUCUUAUCAACUGCCGCAACAACAAGAAGCUGCUGGGCCGAGUGAAGGCCUUUGACAGACACUGCAACAUGGUCCUGGAGAAUGUGAAGGAGAUGUGGACAGAGGUACCCAAGAGUGGCAAAGGCAAGAAGAAGUCCAAGCCAGUGAACAAAGACCGUUACAUUUCCAAGAUGUUCCUGAGAGGGAAUUCAGUCAUUGUGGUCCUCAGGAAACCAUUCAUUGCUGGCAAGUAG